CGAAAUUCCUCGCCGUUCCUGCCGCCCGUGCGACUGACUGUUGUUCCUUUUCUACCCGCCCCUCGCGCCCUCUCAUCACACACCCAGUCCUUCCCUCAGCAAGAGCAUCACACUACGAGACCCUUCACUCGCUCACUCUCGGCUUCAACAGCGAGAAGCGCGGAGGAUCCGGCGUUUGCGUCAGCGGCAGCGUGCAGCCUUACGAUCGGCAUCUUCUCAACUUCCGCAUUACCGGACCCUGGGUGCCUCCCACGCGCCGUCUCACAGCAGAGUGCAACGUCACUCACUACGCAAGUGCCGGCGUGGGCGUUCCAAAACUGGCACUUGCCUUGCACAAAAUACAUCACUUCGUCUUCGCUCGCGCCAGCGUCACCUUUCCGCGCCCACGGUAGCGUUCCCCUUCUCGCCCACACUCUGCAAGAACAUCGCCACCAUGUUCGCCGUCGAGACCAUCCCGUCACACUACUACGAAGAGCGCGCAGCGGCCGAAGCAGCGAAAAAGCUAGCAGAGCAACAAGCAGCGGCAGCGUUAGCAGCGCAGACCAAAGCGCCCAUCGCAACACACCACGCCUCGCCGUCCAGUCUCCACCACACCCUCUACCAACCGUCCACGCUCGCGCGACCCGGCUCCUCCACCCUUCUCGGCAACAUCUUCCAGGGUUUCGCGAAGCGCGCCCCCGCGACGCCGAAUAAUACGCCUUGUGGCACACCCGCUCGCGUGCAGACGCCUGUGUCGCUGCAGGAGCUGCAGAAGAGGGAGGCGGAAAUGAAGAUGGAUACGGAUACAAUCUGCGCGAUGCCCGGUUGGCAUUAGAUGCUCUCACACUCGUGCAAAGACAUGCGACAUUUCAAGUUUUCGAAGCGACGGCGAACGAUGGCGUUGAAGACAACCACCUCGGGACUUCACAUUUCUUCAGCAUGGCGCUAUGGGAUGGAGAGAUACCAUUUGUUUUUUCUUACAGCGUUUUCGGGCCAAGGUUACGAUCAGGACUGUGCUCUGAGCACGCUGCGAAGCGCAUAUCUCGAAGCAAGGGGGCUGUAAAUUACAUUCCUAGGCCAAGCACGCGUGAGCGCGCUUCCUUUUGAGAUGUAUAGUAUUUCAGCGUGUAUCUCCUCUUCAAACGUUCA